AUGGCGGCUUCCUGGCAUUCAAUUCCGCUGCAAGUGUUGUAUAAUGUAUUGGGAUGGGUUGCUUUUUGUUCUUGGUCCAUCAGUUUCUACCCUCAAGUCAUCUUGAAUUUCAAAAGAAAGAGUGUGGUGGGCUUGAAUUUCGAUUUCGUGCUGUUGAAUUUGACGAAGCACUCCUCGUAUCUCAUCUACAAUGCUUCACUGUUCUUCAGUUCCGUUGUUCAGCGCCAGUACCGUCAAAAGUACGGCCUUGAUCAGAUGAUUCCAGUAGCUGCAAAUGAUGUAGCGUUCUCAAUUCAUGCUGUUCUUCUAACUGCAUUCACUUUACUCCAGAUUGUCAUUUAUGAACGCGGACAUCAAAAGGUUUCAAAACUUGCCGUUACAAUUGUUGUGGUUGUUUGGCUAGCAGCCGCAGUAUGUGUUUUCGUAGCACUUCCUCACCAUAAGUGGCUUUGGCUUGCAUCCUGCUUCAACACUGUGCAAGUCGUCAUGACAAUCAUAAAGUACAUUCCUCAGGCUGUGAUGAACUUUAAAAGGAAGAGUACUGUGGGUUUUAGCAUUGGCAACAUUCUGCUUGAUUUUCUUGGAGGUGUGACAAACUAUGCACAAAUGACUGUGCAAUCUAUAGAUCAAAAGUCCUGGGUAAACUUUUAUGGAAACAUAGGCAAGACUCUGCUAUCCCUGGUGUCAAUUUUCUUCGACAUUCUCUUCAUGUUGCAACAUUAUGUAUUCUACCCAUCAAAGAAGAAGGAUGUUCCUCCUAAUGCUGAUGAUGUGGUUCUGGAGGAGAAGUCCAGGGAUAUUGAACGAAACUGA